AUGAACUCUAAAUUAGAUUACUCAAAAGUGCCGAAGCUGGAUGAAAAAGAUUUGGUGGAGCAAUUUGUCAGAGGAGAUGGACCAGGCGGGCAAGCAACCGCAAAAACAAAUAACGCUGUAGUAUUGAAACAUGUGCCAACGGGCAUUGUUGUCAAAUGUCACGAGACUCGGAGUUUGUGGGACAACAAACAGAAAGCAAGAGAAAUAUUGAUAACAAAGCUGGAUAACAUGAUGAAUGGCAAAGAUUCUGUGGAAAAUCAAAAACGUCGAUUACUCGCCAAAAAGUCUGCUUCAAUGUUAAGGAAAAAAGAAAAAAUGGCAGCACUUAAAGCAGCAUUCAAGGAACGCGAGGGUAUCGAUUGA